AUUGGACAGUAUAAAAGUUGAAUCUUUUUGCUCGGGUCUCGUCAGAUGAUCGGCAGCUACUUGAAAGUGACAAGUUGUGACGUCACAAAAUGAAUAUUCGGCUGCAGCUCGUUUUACGACUUCUACUGGUCUUCGGAUCCGUUUCAUCACAAAGAACCGGUAAGAAACAUACCGAGGCUGGCGGUUUCCAGUACAGCGUCACAGUUCCAAAAUCAAAGCUAUUGUCCGCCAGCAACGCCGUGUCCAGCAAAGAAGCAGUCGACGAAGAUUUUAGAAACCAACUAAGUACUGAGAUGGGCUGGGAGCAUUUGCUCUCUCCCGCACCUCUCAGCAUCGGAUUGCUCGGCGAUUUGAUGAUCAUGUCGACUCAGACGAGAGAUUUUCCCAUCGACGGACAACUGCCAAAAGCAGGAGCUAUUCUCUACGUCAAAUAUCCAAAGAGCUUCAGAGCCACACUGGUCCAGAUUGCUAACGAAGGCCAGAGGGCUUUCAUGGUGGCCCACAACAACAUGGACAAGAUCCGGCUUUUAACAGCCUAUGUUCCCGGUUACAUGAAGGAGGCCACCGAGAUCCUGGUGACGGGCGACGAAGAAUUGGUAGCUGAUUACCUUCCAGCACCAAUGUUUCGCAUCAGAGAGGCAGCCCAGUCCAGCGUUUCUUUAUCAAAAGCCGUUGUGUGGCAGUUUGAGCAUGUCAUGAACUUGACGGCAGAGGUUCUUGAAAUGUGCACCAGUGAAAAAAGCCUUCAAGAGAACAAUCUAGAAAAAGCCAUAUGGGAACAGAAAAGUGUUAAUUUGACUCUGACAUCUUAUCAGCAGUUGGUAGACCAGUUGAAUUCGUCCAUAGCUAGAGACGUGGCUGUUAUGGAUCGAGCUGAAGAGGCCAUGAGAAAAGCCUUGAAGGAUAUGCCAAGUGGGUGGGAAAUGAUUGGCAUGAAUUUUGUUCAAAACGUAGGCGAUAUGUUAACUUCGACCUUUCAAGCCGUUGGAACACUUGGUGGUAUCCUUCACGGAGGGAAUCGAGACUAUUCGCUAGGCGACUCAUCAGUGGCGCCCGAGUCAACCAGCCAGCCAUUCCCUGGACCGUCAGAAUCAGCACUCAGCAUGGGCAUCGAUUGGGAUCCCUGUAUUAUUCAAAAACAGAGGAGUGUCAUUAAAAUGGAAACGUUGGCCGCUCAGCUGCGUGACAACUACAAGCAAUUGGCGUCGAUCGAUUCAUCCAAAAGCCGCUAUAAUCCCGACAGCGACAUAUCAAAAUUAGAGGCAAUCGCUUCUGAUGUCGAGAUGUGCUUACCCUUAGCAGAAACCGUUGACCAGGGUUUGCUAGUAGUCAGAGAACUCGCACAGCUCGCUUCUCAGGAGAAACCUGAAAAUAUUACCAACGAAAUUUUCAAUAAAAGACGGCAAACUGACCUUGAAAAUCUCGGGAAAAAUGCCGGCUUACAAUUCCGGAGAUCGAUCGUCAAUAUGAAGAAUUUGCUGAUGCGAUAUCAGCAAGCCGUACCUAAUAAUACGCCGCUAUUGUCACGCGGCCGGAAGCAAGCCAACACUAAAGGUUUGGCUAGUCAACAGGCUCUCGCUUCCUGCCAAUAUCGGGCUGAUAUGGCCCAGGCAACUCUGUUGAGUACUCGCCAGGCAAUGGAGGAAACUACAGCGAAGAUGAUUGAAACUAACAAGGAAGUCAUCAAACUGUUGACUGAUCAACAAAAUCUAAAAUUGGACGAGAUUCGUUACGACGAAAUCAUCAAAGCCUUAGAAAAGGGUAUUGAGAAGUUAGGUAUCCUAAAAAAACACUGGACCCAACUGGUCAUGUUUUUUCAGAAGAUCGCCAACAUCGUGGAAAACGUCGCAGCCAAGAGUAUAGAAGAUUUUGCAAAUCACAUCGAUACAACUAGCUUGAAAUUGAGAAAUAUCCACAAGGAACUUGUUAUCGAUCAGUUGUACGCCAAGGCCAUCAAGGCUACACAAGCCUCGUCUUUUGUUAACAACAUCGCUACAACUUAUGUAAAUGUCUCUGACAAGUUCAUCAUGCCUCGUGUAUCGAGUCUGAGCAAACUCAUUGUCACUGACCCCAAAACGGCCGAUGUUGAAAGGAUAAAGCUGCUGGGUGAUUGCAGCAACGAUUCAGAGGCCAUCAUUGAAAUGAUCGUCACUGAGAAAAAGGCGGUUAUUCAACGUAUCGAACAGCGGGCAGCUCAGAUAAAAAAAGAGUACGCUUUUCUUGAUCAGGUGAAGGAACGGCAAAUCAAGGAACUUCGUAGGAAAGUCGAAUUGGAAAUUGAUACAGAGGAAGCAGGACGACGGAUCAGCAUUUACGAGCGGAAAAACAGAAUAGAAAACGUUCUCAUGACAAGAAUUGAACAGGAUGAAUUUCUAAGCAAUAAUCACAUCUUAGAUGCAGACGACAAUCACAGCCCCAGCAUGGAAAUUGACCCUGAAGAAUAUUAAUUUUGCGUUCAUUGCCAUAAUCGCUAUGAAAAAUCUAUGCAAGAUAUUUCUGUCGAAAAUAAAUGUAGUUCUACCUGUUA